GAAUAAUGACUGAAUAUUUGAAAUGUGAAAGAAAUGCUGUUGAAGUAUUUGUUAUUAAGACUUGUUUGUAAUAAAGGUUGGAAAGAAUAAUAGAACCAUUAGGAUAUCGUGGAAUAAGAUACUUUACCUUAUCUAAGAAACUUAAACCUCAACUAUUAUACGAAAUUUAAUUAUCUCAGUGUAAAAAAAAAAAGAAAUCAAAUUCUGUCAUUAAUGACUAAUGAACUAGCGAUAGAUACGACAUGAAAUAGUUAGGAAGAGCAGAUUUAACAUAAUUGCCUUCUUUUGCUUUUGAAAUACGGACGAAGUUCUUCGCAAUCUUGUUUCAAUAAUUCUAUCAUUUCAAACUUCACUGCAAACGAGCAUAAUAUUUUUAGACAAGUUUUAAAGAAUUUAGACAUUCAUUUGCAUUAGGAAGAAAAGUAAAAAUAAUGGAUCCACGGUGCAAAAAGCCUCGCGAUUUUGUAGCAGCCUAUAAAAAUUUAGCCGAGGAAAUUCACAAGAGAAACCGCUUAUGUAUAAAAUGGUUUCAGAAGUAUGAAUGGUUAUUAGAUGAACACAAGAAAUUACAGAAAGAAUUAGAGAAAUUGUGCGAAGAAAAGCAAACGGUUAUUGCCACGGAAACGUUCGAGCGAAAGGAGGGAAAAACUUGUUUGCCAGCUCCGAUUACUACUAGUGGCGAGACUUUGUACGGUUGGCUCGCAUCGAAACCAAAAUUUCAAUUGGAAAUAUAUGGAGCUUAUAGACCGCAAUAUCCCGAUCCUCUUAAAGAAAUAACGCCAUUAUUUGGAAAUAUGCCUGCUCUUCCAGUAGGCAUAGGUUAUAUUUGGUAAAAUACAAGACGAAUAUUUAAAUAAAGAGAACGACGCAUCUUCGAU